AUGAAGCGAGCGCGUUCUCCGUCGGCGGACAGCACCGUCUCCGCCUCGGCUCCUUCUGCGGCUUCUCUAUCGAGCACCGCCGUCUUUGAUCGGCCGCCGUCCUCGUCUUCAUCCCUUUCUGCCGUAGAGGAGAACGAGGACCCGACGGCGAGACCACUUCUCUCGAUCUUGGAGCCGGUGCUGGCGCAGCUGAAGGAGGGGGAGCUCUUCGCUGACGCCCUCCGACGGUACUCGAAAGAGAAAGCCGCGGCAUUCGAGGCGCUCGCCCAACUCCAUCAGGAGGCCAUGACGCAGCACGAGUUUGUGAUGAUGCGCAUGACGCGCGAGGCGAUCCUUCUCAGGGCCCUCGAGGAGGCACGGUGCACCAGCACCACUCUCCCACACGUGUGGAUGAUGCGCUGGAAGGCCAAGCCAACUGUCCAGCACGGGCCCUUUGCCGACGACGCCAUCCAGCAGUGGGGCCGCGAUGGCUACUUUGGCAAGAAGGAGGCGGAGCUUCGUGACAUCAACGGCGUCGGCAAGUCGUGGCGACCGGCACUGUCGGUGGUGCACGACCCUUGA